UUCCAUUCUCCAAAUUAUUGUCAAUCCCCUUCCUUACCUUGUAUUUAACCUGUAAAAAACAAAAACAAAAAAAACAACAAAAAAAACAGGUAUUCCUCAAGCACCUGAAACUGGCAGCUAUUCUCCUUGUGUCUGUGUGUUUGGGGAGCUCUGUGACCACAGCUAAAGCACCACUCAGCCUUCUAGUCACCUAAGCCUAACUAAAGCCAGCCAACCCGAGCCUGGUCCAGCCCAGUCCAGCCUGAUCCGAUCAUCUGGACAGGAUACUCAGUUCUGUGUGGACGUGAGGAAUAUGACUGCUGAGACUCUUAACUUCGGCCCAGAAUGGCUUCGUGCACUGUCCAGUGGGGGGAGUGUGACGUCCCCCCCUCCUUCCCCCGCCAUGCCAAAGUACAAGCUGGCCGAGUACCGCUACGGCCGAGAGGAGAUGUUAGCACUUUAUAUCAAAGACAACAAGGUCCCAGAGGAUAUGCAGGAUAAGGAGUUUGCUGCUAUUCUGCAAGAUGAGCCCAUGCAGCCACUGGCACUGGUACCUCUCACUGAGGAGGAGCAGAGGAACUUCUCCAUGUCUGUGAAUAGUGUGGCAGUGCUGAGGCUCAUGGGUAAAGGAGUGAGUGGGGCUGCCCCAGCUGGAGUGGUUCGAGGACGAGGGGCUGCACGAGGAGGUCGAGGUCGAGGUCGUGGAGAGGGUGGAUUCUACCAAAGAAGUAUUGAAGAUGCAGAGGUGGGCUUUGGCCGCAGUGUUCGUGAGAUCCACCGCAGCCAGAGCUGGGAUGACAGGGGUGAGCGCCGUUUUGAGAAACCACUCCGUCGGGAGGCGGGGCGUCCGGGUUUUGAAGAGUCUGGAGGCCCUGUGGGUCCGGGGAGGAAGGAAUACACGCGUGCAGACAGCGACAACUGGCGCACCCUCCGUGAGGAGCAGGAGGAGGAGGAGGGGGAGCCAGGCAGCAGCUGGAGGCUUGCUGGACCCCGUAGAGACGAUGGCGGUCCUCGUUCAGCUGGCUGGCGGGACCAUGUUGGUCCAGGGGAGAGCCGCCGCAGGAAGUUUGACUUUGACUUCCGGGAUUCUGAUGGACACGGCGGUGGGCGUCGGCGUGCGGGAAGCGAAGGCCUGGAGGAUGACAGGGAUGGCCUGCCUGAGUGGUGCACAGAUGAAGAGGAUGGAGAGAUGGGGACCUUUGACUCGUCUGGAGCCUUCAUGCCCAUUAAGAAGGGUGGCAAGGAGACAAUCCUGGAGGAAGAGUUGGACUUCCAAGGGAUAGAGGAAGAGGAAGAGGAGGAGAGCCUUGCUGAGACAGAAAGGAACGCCACGGGAGGAGACAAAGAAAAGGAGAGCAAAGAGGCUGCCUCUGUUGUGGCUGAUGGUGAAGCAAAGUUGGUGUCACCCUCCUCCUCCCCUCCUGUCCACCCUGGUCCUCUGGCCCCAGAGACCCAGCCCAGCACCAGUGUUCUGGUUCUGGACAAUGCUCAGCUGACGAACAGUCACCCUGUCAAGGCCAGCAGCAUGCUGAGUGAGGAUGGUGGUUCAGUUGGGAUCUCCAAGGCCCAGCUGAGUCCCAGUGCCACCACCUCCUCAGGCCUGCCCUCUCCCCCUCCCUCCUCUGCUGCUCCUCUUCUCCCUCCAUCUGGAGGAGACACGGAGGAUGAUGAGGGAAUGAAGCACCUGCAACAGGAAGCAGAGAAAAUGGUGGCAUCGCUGCAGGACACCUCUCUGGAGGAGGAGUGUUUCACCCAAACUCUGCAGCAGGAGAGCAGAAACACAGCGGCGGCCCUCCCCCUGUCCCAUGAGGCUGCCAUGAAGUGGUUCUACAAGGACCCCCAGGGAGAGAUCCAGGGUCCCUUCACCACAGUGGAGAUGUGCGAGUGGUUCCAGGCUGGCUACUUCACCAUGACCCUGCUGGUGAAGAGGGGCUGUGACGAGGGCUUCCAGGCCCUGGGGGACGUCAUCAAGAUGUGGGGGCGUGUCCCCUUUGCCCCGGGGCCCUCCCCGCCGCCCCUGCUGGUGAGACAGCCACCACCUCCACAGCGGCCGCAGGCCACCCGGGGCCCCGCCGGGACUGGGAACCUGGACCAGGAGCGUCUGAAGAAGCAGCAGGAGCUUGCGGCAGCAGCUCUCUAUCAGCUCCAGCAGCAGCAGCUAUUCCAGCUCAUUAACAGGUGCGGUGAGCAGGGUAUGAUGCCUUCGAUGAACAGGUCGAUGUCAGUGCCAGAUACAGGGUCCAUGUGGGACAUGCAUACCUCAGCUUCACAGCCGUCAGGAGGUGAAGCCAGUCUUUGGGACUUAACAAUGAAUUCUUCUACUCAGGGUCCAACUCUUGAACAGCUUCAAAAGCUCCAGCAGGAGAGGCGAGACGCUGAACUCAGGGCGAAGCGCGAAGAGGAGGAGCAGCGUAAGCGGAGGGAGGAGAAGAGAAGGCAGCAGGAGGAGCAGAAAAGAAGGGAGGAAGAGGAGCUCUUCAGACGCAAGCAGUGUCGUCAGCAGCAAGAACUGAUCAUGAAGUUGCUCCAGCAGGCCCCCCAGCAGCAGGGGCCUGGGGCAGGCAGCUCAGGCUGGAGCGGGGCUACCUCCUCUGGGCUUGCCAAAGCAGGAAAGCCCCCGGCUCUGGCCCUGCUGGAACUGCAGCAAGAAGCAGAGAGGCUACUGAAGCAGCAGCAGCAACAACAGAGAGCCCAGCAGCAGAGAGACCGACACCCUGGCAUGUCAAUGGGAAGCCAGUGGGUAGAGGGUGUUGGUAUGUGGGGAGGGCCUGGAGGUAUGGAAGGGAAGGCCACCAGUGGGGGCUCCUCCGCUGGGAGCAUGGGCAUGUGGGAUGAAGCAGUGAAGAACCAGGCUGGUCUCCGUGGCAGCAGCAACAACAACAUGGGCAUGAAAAACAGUCGUAGCAGCCCCUCUCUCAGUGAUCAGUACAUGAUGCGCCGUAAGCGGACGGAGGAAGAGGAGAAGCUGCUUAAGCUUCUCCAGGGGAUGAAACCUCAGGAUGGCUUCACCACCUGGUGUGAACAGAUGCUGCACGCCCUCAACACCUCCGCCAACAACUCCUCCUCCUCCCUGGAUGUUGCCACAAUUGUGGCCUACCUAAAGGAGGUGGAGUCUCCCUAUGCGGUGCUGGACUUCAUCCGGUCCUACCUAGGGGACACAGUGGAAGCCAAAGAGUUCGCCAAACAGUUCCUGGAGAGACGUGCCAAACAGAAAGCUAACCAACAGAGACAGCAGCAGCAGUUAUCAAAGGAAGUGGCUGGAAUGAACAUGAACUUUCCCCUGCAGGACUCCAUGCGAGGUAUGAACCCCAGCACCCUGCAGUCCAUGUUCCAGGCCAGCCACAUGGGCAAGGCUGGUCUCUAUGACAACCAGGGAGGAAAGAUGAAGAAGAAACAGCCCAUGAUGCUGCACUCUGACCCCAGCAUCUUAGGGUACUCAUUCCAUAACACGGGCGAGUGUCUGAGCCUGAAUGAGAUGGAGAUGGGGGAGGAUUACUGAUGUGACGCAGCGCAGCAGCAAUAGCUACCUGAGGCCUUCUGUCUUUUAAUCAG